UGCUACUCGAAGAGCGAAGAGGGUUUUGGGGAAAAAAUCGAGAGGAGGGAGAAAGAGAGGGAGGAGGUCUUGAGGAGAGAGAGAGAGAGAGAGAGAGAGAGGUUGAAGAUGAAAGAUAGAGCGAAAACAGGGGAGACGAGCGUCGACGAGAGGUACACACAGUGGAAGUCUCUGGUGCCGGCUAACCUCGUCUGGCCUUCACUCUCCUGCAGGUGGGGUCCACAACUGGAGAAAGCCACAUACAAGAAUCGUCAACGUCUUUACCUUUCAGAGCAGACUGAUGGCACUGUUCCAAACACUCUUGUCAUAGCAAAUGUUGAAGUGGUUAAACCGAGGGUUGCAGCUGCAGAGCAUAUAUCCCAGUUCAAUGAAGAAGCACGUUCUCCCUUUGUGAAAAAGUACAAAACUAUUAUACAUCCAGGAGAGGUCAACAGAAUCAGGGAACUUCCGAUGAAAAGCAAUAUAAUAGGAACUCAUACAGACAGUCCUGAUGUGCUCAUUUGGGAUGUGGAUGCGCAACCAAAUCGUCAUGCUGUUCUUGGAGCUGCGGAUUCUCGUCCUGAUUUGGUGUUGACAGGGCAUCAAGAAAAUGCAGAGUUUGCACUUGCCAUGUGUCGUUCAGAUCCUCUUGUUCUAUCUGGAGGGAAGGACAAAUUAGUUGUCUUAUGGAGCAUACAGGAUCAUAUUUCCUCUUUAUCAGACGCCUCAGCUACUAAAUUGUCUGGAUCCAGUGGCAAGCAGCCCACAAAAAUCGGCGAGGAGAAAAAUUCAGAUAGUCCUAAAAUUGAGCCACGAGGCGUAUUCCAAGGGCAUCAAGAGACUGUUGAAGAUGUCCAGUUCUCUCCUUCCAGUGCACAGGAAUUCUGUAGUGUAGGUGACGACUCUUGCCUCAUUCUCUGGGAUGCUCGUGUUGGUAGCGGUCCUGCUAUCAAGGUAGAAAAGGCUCAUAAUGGUGAUCUUCAUUGUGUUGAUUGGAACCGCCAUGAUGAAAAUCUUAUACUGACUGGAUCUGCUGAUAGUUCUGUUCGUUUGUUUGAUCGUCGUAAACUGAUUUCUGGUGCUGUUGGAUCACCUUUGCAUAUAUUUGAAGGUCACACAUCACCGGUUCUGUGUGUGCAAUGGUGUCCCGACAAAGCAUCAGUUUUUGGUAGUGCUGCAGAGGAUAGUUUUUUAAAUGUUUGGGACCAUGAGAAGGUUGGCAAGAAGCAAGAUCAAGUGGGAACAAGGACGCCAAAAUCACCUCCUGGUUUAUUCUUUCAACAUGCAGGACACAGAGAUAAAGUUGUUGAUUUCCACUGGAACACUGAAGACCCCUGGACCAUUGUUAGUGUAUCUGACGACUGUGAGAGCACUGGUGGUGGUGGGACUCUGCAGAUAUGGCGCAUGAACGACCUAAUCUACAGGCCGGAGAGUGAGGUUUUAGAGGAGCUGAACUCGUUUAAAGAUCACAUACUAUCAUGUGCACCUCUUAGGACCUGAAAGCUUGGUUAGCAUGCUCCUAUUUCCCCCAGGGGUUCAAUCUGGUGUCUUUGGAAGAGCACAUAUGUUCAGCAUUUAGCAUCUGUAAUAACCAUUUUAAGUUAAUGUGGGAUUGUAUGUCAUUAGAUAGUAGUAAGCUAUCAUCAUUGACAAUUGGAAACUGCUUUAACUAUUAACUGUUUUGUUGUUGUUGUUGUUGUCACUAUUGCUGCUGUUGCUGCCUGCAUUGUCAUUGAGCAGUCAUGAAACUGUGUUGGCUUAGUGUUUUCUAAAUCU